ACACGUGAUAAAUCACACCAAUUGGCGCGUUUCUUACUCUAGCACCGCUCCUGAAUUUUGGCCAAUGAGAAGUCGACGUCGUUUCCCUCCACUAGCAGUCAUGGCGCCACCCGUGAGGUACUGCAUUCCCGGCGAACGUCUGUGUAACUUGGAGGAGGGCAGCCCGGGCAGCGGCACUUACACCCGACACGGCUACAUCUUUUCUUCGCUGGCUGGCUGCCUGACGAAGAGCAGCGAGAACGGCGCGCUUCCAGUCAUUUCUGUAAUGAGAGAAACAGAAUCCCAACUACUACCGGAUGUGGGGGCUAUUGUAACCUGUAAGGUCUCUAGCAUCAAUUCACGCUUUGCCAAAGUGCACAUCCUGUAUGUAGGGUCCACACCACUUAAGAACUCUUUUCGAGGAACUAUCCGCAAGGAAGAUGUCCGAGCUACUGAAAAAGACAAGGUAGAGAUUUAUAAGAGUUUCCGCCCAGGUGACAUUGUCUUGGCCAAAGUGAUCUCCCUGGGUGACGCACAAUCCAACUACCUCCUGACCACUGCCGAGAACGAGCUCGGGGUGGUGGUGGCCCACAGUGAAUCGGGUGUCCAGAUGGUUCCCAUUAGUUGGUGUGAGAUGCAGUGCCCUAAGACCCACACUAAAGAAUUCCGGAAAGUGGCCCGAGUGCAGCCUGAAUUCCUGCAGACCUAAGAAGCCACAUUUUACCCCAUGGAGAGGGCCUGUUUCUUCUGUAAACUGGGGAUAGCAGCCCUUUCAGAGGUGAUGAAGAUUAGAGACUGUGUAUGUUAACAUGCCUCAGCCAAUGGCCGGCACAGAGGAGCUUCGUGAGAGCUUCCCAGACAGAGGCCCCUAUUACCUCCUGCUAGAAGAAAGGCAUUAAGAGCUUUUUCUUGCCUUGGAGUCUCUCUUAUGAUCCCACAAUGUUUUCAAAGACCUUAGAGAGAAGGUAAAUGUGAGCCAUGCCCCUUCCUAAUUAUUUAUAUAAUGUAAUCAACUUCUUUUCUCCUGCAUCAUUUUUAUAAAGUUGUAUGUAAUUUCUGAGGAUGAAAAGUGAAUCAAGUUUAUAGAUUUCUAAUAGAAAAAUAUUAGCUUUUUAAUGUAAACAAGUCUUUACCUUACUCAAAAGGUAUAAUGGGGUUUCAGAAUUUCAUUUUCCACUCAAGUGGUACUCAGUAACCAGCAUCACUGAACAAGAGCUGUAGAGGCAAUAGGAAUGGAGAGUUCAGCUAAGAUGACCUGCUCCCCCACACCUCAGCUCCCCAACCUAAGAUGGAAAACCUAGUAAGAUAUACCGUAUGUGGACCGGGCUGUGUAAACUGACUGGUUGUCCUAAAGUUCUAGAGGGAUCACUAUAUCACACAGAAGAUAUUGCACAUCACUCCUUUAUUAUACUGAUCUGGAAAAAAGAUUUAGUACGGUUACACUCAAAAUGAGUACUGAGCCCAUGGUGGGGCCAAGCAACUGGAACAUAAUCAGAAACAGAUACAGUGAAAGACACACUUGGACACGAUCAAGAGGCAUCUCACUGCCAUAAAACAUUAAGGCAGGGGAGGGAUUCUAAAACACACAGCAGAAUGAACUCCUAGGCCUCAGAAGUCAAGGAGUUUAUCCCACACUGGUGUGAGGAAUGGCUUAUUUUUGGAUGAUCACAUGUGGGAAUAUUUCAA